GUGGUUCAAAAAGCGUGUAAAAAGGUCUCAUUACAGUGAAGUUGGUUAAGUUUUGAAUAUGUGGCGUGUGGUGUUGCUACAGUGCGUAAUGGUGGGCAGUUCGGUCCUGGCUUUAAGUCACAAUGGCAGUGAAACGAUAAGUGCCACGCCCACCUCCCAAUGGAGUCCCAGAAGUCUGGGCAGGAUCAUAGCCCGUUGUCUAGGAGGUUCGGAGCUCUGGGAUUGUCUGAACUCCGAGAGCGAGCGAUUGCUGGAUGCAGCCACUCAGGAUAACAGCACUUGGCAGAUCAGCGAUUAUCUCAGCAUUGAACCACAGCCCGGAUUACAAAAUCAGGAAAGGAGGCGAAUGGAUACUGGGUUGCCGGGAAAACUACUCGAGUUGGUUCAAGGAAGAGCUUUACGACUUCGGCUGCCAAGGCAGUUGACCAUCUCGAAUGCCAUCGACGAUUUUGGCAGCGAACUUGGUUUGGAUCAAGGUCGCAAAAAGAAGGACAAAGACAAGCACAUGGCGAUGAUGGGCGGCAUGAUAAUGGUGGCCACCCUGGCGCAAAUGUUCCUGGGCAAGGUCAUCCUCAUCGCCGGCUCGGCCUUUAUAAUGGCCAAGAUCGCCUUGGUCAUCUCGCUGCUGGGCAGUAUAAAAAAGGGAUCGAGUGGACACAGUGGUAGUAGUAGUGGUGGUGCCACCGAGCACGUGGUGGUGCACUCCAGCCACGAGAGCGGCUGGCACCGCAGCAUGCCCACCCACGACUACGCCUCCUCGCAGCUGGAGCAGGUGGAGGAGCCCCCGCUGGGCAGCCACGCGGAGUACUACCAGGCCUACCAAAUGGAACCGCUGAAACGUCGCCUGCAUCAGGCGGAAGUCGAUCCCCAACAGCCACGUCCAGAGGCCACCAAACCCACUAGGGGGUUCCUUUAAGCCUGUAUUGUGUUCGAACACUUGUAAAAUAAAUAAAGCCAAAAAACUAGGGGUUAUUUUAAACAUACUUGAUCACUGUUUUUAGCCUACAUAAAAGGCAUAUUUGUUUCAAAAAAUAAUUAAACUAUACCCAACUAACUGAGAAAUUCGUUGAACACUUUAUACCUAAUAUUGUGAUAUUAAAUAUGAAAUAUGUUUUUUUAUUUCAAUAUAUUAAAUAAUUGACACUAAAUAUAUCUUUUUAUUCUCUAUUGUAAGAACAUUUUUGUUC